CUCUUUUAAUGGUGUAGUCAGUGAUAAGGAUACCCUCGGCUCGGUAGUGUAGUAUCUAUGAAGCUGAGGUGUGCAGCCAAACUAAUAUCACCAAUAGUUGUAGAUAUACAUUUGGUGCAUACGAUUCUUCUAUAAUCCUUCUGUACAAUUGUGUGGCAACUACCUAUCCAUUGUUCGUGCUCUGUAUUUUGCUCACGUCUUAGGAUUGCAGUGAAAUCAAUUAGUGAAUCGUUUAAAUAUAUGUUACUAACAAAUCUAAAAUUGCGAUUAAACUUUCAAUGCUUGAGUUAUUUUUUUCAUCUAGUUGCAAAAAAGUGAAAUUUUACUCAGGUUCAAAUUCGGACCAAUCAUAUCAAAAAGAGUAAUGAUAUAUUGUUUCCAUUCUACCGAAAUUUUUUAUUGCAAAUAGGCAAUAAAAAUCAGCUCAAGUUUCCACCUGGGCAAAGAAAAAUGUGGUUGUAAUCAGAAAAAGAACAAACACGAUUGGCUUACAGAUAUUCCACAAUUCAUUAACCAGCGUCUUAUAGCUGUGUAAUCAGAAAUCAAGUCCCGAUAAGCUCCAGUCAAAAAGAAUAGCCAGACCGCAAAAAAAUGUACCAAAAACGCUUGAUGCGAAUCAUCUACCUGAUUGUAUUCGUUGUGGUAGUGAUAUUGCUGUAUAAAAGCUUCACCAAUGCACCAGAAUCGAACCAAGUUCAGGAUGACUCCUUAGCCCGACCUGCGGAUGCACCCGUCUAUGUAAUGGUUUUCUACGAGUCACUUUGUCCAGAUUCGAAAAAUUUCAUUAUCAAACAGCUUCAACCAGCUUUCGUCAGAGCGCCGCAUCUAUUUGAGAUACAAUUCGUACCGUACGGGAAAGCAUCGACCAGCACCAAACCUGACGGAUCGUUAGCUUUUGACUGCCAACACGGACCGAUAGAAUGUGACGCCAACAUAAUCCAUGCGUGUGUCGUGGAAGCAGUUCAUGAUGCCAAAACACGCCUAGACAUAGUGGCCUGCAUGAUCCGGGACAACAUGAUGCCAAAGGAAGCAUUCUACCGUUGUGCCAAGGAGUACGGUGUGGAAAUCGAGUCGAUUCAGAAAUGCUACGACAGCCCGCACGGAGCGGAACUGCUCAAGUUGCACGGGGAAGCAACCCACGCGUUGCGCCCACCGGUCACAUUCAUUCCCACAAUCACCCUGGAUGGCCAGCAGGGCCGGCAAGCUUCCAUUCUGAAGGAUCUCUUCGGCGAAGUGUGCAAGAUUGCCUCCGGACGGGGGCCAAAACCGGUGGAAUGUGAAUGAUAGCAAAUGGUUAUCUAUACGAUGAAUCGGUUUUUCCGAGAAGGUUACGAUGAGUUUCGUCAAAUUCCGAAGCACAUUCAACGCUCCAUUCUACUACUACUGCAGUAGAAAUGCUUUGGUUGCAUUCUGAUCGUUAUCUGUAAGGCAGUAUACACAAUGAUGAUGCCCUCCAUUGAGACUUUGUUUGAAACAUCGAGUUAUUAUAAGUUAUAUACAAAAUACGUGAAGCGUUCCAUUGAAAAUUUGUUUUCCUUUUGCGUAAAAUACGUACGAGACGUAAAUAAUUUCUAUCAUACAUUCAGACGAAUGAAAAUAGAUAAAAUCCAGCACUAAAUUAGAAAGAUAUUACAGAUUGAUAGUAGAUUAAAAUUUUAAAUAUUACUAAGACAAGUCUCGUAGAAUAAAUCUGUGUCUAAAGAGUAUCCAUUGAAUAAGCAGGAGUAGUUUAGGUUUAGACAAUUUGUAUGCAAUAUUCCAAACAGUAGUCUUCGUUAGAGCAACAGGAUAGCAAUAGUUGGGAAACGUAGAAAUACCUGGUAGCUGGACUCUAUCUACAGGUAGCAUUAAAGAAUACCAAGAAAAAUGUACUUUAAAUGAAUUAGCUCCUAAUAAACAUAUAAUGUCUAUGAA